UCGCUACCUCGGAUGUCUUCGGCCCGUGCCGCUGUUCCCACGGAAGCUGGGGCCGGGAACUUCGAGGGCCGUGGCUGAUCCGGCAGUAUUCACAGCACUGGGGAAGGCUCUGGAGUGUUAUUUUGGGAGCAGUCCCGGUCGGUGUGUUUAUGAAAUUAGACCUGGCUACACCCUCUUGGGAAUGGGAGGGCGGCCGGGUCCUAGUGCUCGCUAGAUCUCCGGGGCCAGGGGCUGAGGGGCGGGCGGAGGCGGCGGCUCAAGCUAAGAGCGACUUCGCUGCGCGAAGCCGUCCGCGGGGCGCUGAUGGCCGGGCGCAUCCUGGGAAAGACUUUAGCCACCGUGUCUCUCUCUGUGGCCUUGGCCUAUGUGACUGUCAAGUCCUCGGGCUUUCGCAGCAUCCCGGAGUGCAGAAACUCACUUUCAUCUUGUGGAUUUCAUCUUAAUUCCAACAUCAUGUCUGCUUCUAAUGGUGCCAAAGGAAAUUCCCACAACAAGGCUAGGACAUCUCCUUACCCAGGUUCAAAAGUUCAACGCAGCCAGGUUCCUAAUGAGAAAGUAGGCUGGCUUGUUGAGUGGCAAGACUAUAAUCCUGUGGAAUACACUGCACUCUCUGUCUUGGCUGGACCUAGGUGGGCAGAUCCUCAGAUCAGUGAAAGCACCUUUUCUCCCAAGUUUAAUGAAAAAGAUGGGCAUGUUGAGAGAAAGAGCCAGAAUGGCCUGUAUGAGAUUGAAAAUGGAAGACCUAGAAAUCCUGCAGGACGGACAGGAUUAGUUGGCCGAGGGCUUUUGGGGCGAUGGGGCCCAAAUCAUGCUGCAGAUCCCAUCAUAACUAGGUGGAAAAGGGAUAAAAGUGGAAAUAAAAUCACCCACCCCAUUUCUGGGAAAAACAUCUUACAGUUUGUUGCAAUCAAAAGGAAAGACUGUGGAGAAUGGGCAAUCCCAGGGGGGAUGGUGGAUCCGGGGGAGAAGAUCAGUGCUACAUUGAAAAGAGAAUUUGGUGAGGAAGCUCUCAACUCCUUACAGAAAUCCAGUGCUGAAAAGAGAAAAUUAGAGGAACAGUUACACAAACUCUUCAGUCAGGAACACCUAGUGAUAUAUAAGGGAUAUGUUGACGAUCCUCGAAACACUGAUAAUGCAUGGAUGGAGACAGAAGCUGUGAACUACCAUGAUGAAACUGGUGAGAUCAUGGAUAACCUCACCCUUGAAGCUGGAGAUGACGCUGGGAAAGUGAAGUGGGUGGACAUCAGUGAUAAACUGAAGCUCUAUGCGAGUCACUCUCAGUUCAUCAAACUAGUUGCAGAGAAGCGAGAUGCACACUGGAGUGAAGACUCUGAAACUGACUGCCAUGGGUUAUAGCUCACAGCCUCCAUGUAAGCCGAAGUUGAGCCAAGGAGCACACACUGAGAAGAAGGCACUAUCAACAGAACUGAUACUGGCAAGAGGGCAGGGUUGAUGACUUGGAAAUAAUUUUAUUCACUUUUCAAACGAUUUUCAUUUAGAAGGUUUUACAUCAGAAUAAAAUUAGGUAGAUAUGGUGAAAUCCAACAUGGUAUUUUUGGCUUUCUAGUCAAAAGAAAUAUAAAUGUAUUUUGUAUGUAUUCUAUUUUAAGCAUGCCUUUAAACCAAAUUUAAACAACUUUGAUGCUCUUUGUUUUUUUGGUGGGGGGAUUUAAGUUUGAUUUCUUGAAUCACUGAAACAUAUAUAGUCAGGAGAUGCUGUGUUACAUGUAGGUGGUAUCAAUUCUGGUAGUUCUUUGUUCCUUGUUCAGUGCUAGUUCUCAGCAUGAAACUUGUUGUGAUGCCAUGAUAGCAAAGGGACAUGUUAGGUACACUGACUUAUUUUUCAAAACCAAAUUAACCCAUUAGCUUCUAUUGAAAGUUUGAAAUUUUUUUCAGACUUUAAGUAAUUUUUUUGAGCCAUUGCUCAAAUAUAAAAAUAAUAAUAACAACUACAAUGGAAAAACAGUCCUUAUGCCAUUGGCACUCCAGGCCUUCCCUCACACAUGAACAAGGGGCUGUGAAGGUAGAACAUCAGGUGGCCCAGGUCCCAGGGUUUCCCUGGCACUGAGUGAUGUCUACCUUCUGUCUAUAUGCAUGUUCUCACUCCACCUUAAAUGUGGUUAUCCUAUACUGCCUCAGGUAGGAUGGGACUUCAUAUUCUUUUGAAAAUAAGUUUCUGAUCAGCCAUAACUUCUGCUUUCCAUCUGGUCCUUGUCUGUCAGUUCUUUCUGUUGUUGUUCCCCUUGCUUUUCUGUGGUCUAAAGGAUGUUUCUGCCAUAUCAAGCUCCAUUAGAAGAAGCACCACCAUUGUGUAAUCUGAGUUAUGGUUUAAUUAUUUGCUUAACAUUUUGUUUUGUAUGAUCUUGUUGAAACUGAUUUCAAAAAUGGGAACUUUAUGUUUUCUUGUUUUUAGAGGCUUCAGUUACGAGGAAAUUUCAGCCCCCUUAGUCAAUAAAGAUCAAUGAAUAAGA